AUGGCCGGAACUCCACGGUUAUAUUCGGUGGUUUUGGUGUUAUGUAUGUUGGGCGUUGGGGGCGCCGGCGCCGGCAAUUUCAAUAAGGAGAUCAAGAUCACGUGGGGCGGCGGCCGCGCCAAGAUUCUAAACGGCGGAAAGUUGCUGACGCUUUCGCUUGACAAAAGCUCCGGCUCCGGCUUCCAGUCGAGGAAUCAGUAUUUGUUCGGAAAAAUUGACAUGCAGAUCAAAUUGGUUCCCGGCAACUCCGCCGGCACCGUCACAGCGUAUUACUUACGAUCAAAAGGGUCAAAGUGGGACGAGAUCGACUUUGAGUUCUUAGGAAACCUCAGCGGUCAGCCAUACAUUGUUCAUACAAAUGUGUUCACUCAAGGCAAAGGUGACAGAGAGCAACAAUUUUGCCUCUGGUUUGAUCCAACUGCUGAUUUCCACACUUAUUCCUUUCUAUGGAAUCCCCAAAAUAUCAUAUUGUACGUUGAUGGCACUCCCAUAAGAGAGUUCAAGAACAUGGAGUCCAUUGGCAUUGCCUUCCCCAAAAACCAGGCAAUGAGGCUACAAUCAAGCCUCUGGAAUGCCGACGACUGGGCCACCAGAGGAGGCCAAGUGAAGACUGACUGGUCCCUGGCACCUUUCACCGCAGCCUACACGAACUUCGACGCCGAUCAGGUCUGCGUCUGGUCCUCCGCUGGCUCCUCCUCCUGCGGCGGUGCGUCGAAGGACGACUCUUGGCUCUACCAGAAGUUGGACUCGGCUGGCCGCCGGAAGCUCAAGUGGGUGCGGAGAAACUACAUGGUUUAUGAUUACUGCGCCGAUGUCAAGAGGUUCCCUCGCGGCCUCCCCCCUGAAUGUACUGCUUAACCUUUACGAGUAUGAUUAUCUACAUCAACGUUUCGUAACGUUUUGGUUUUAUGUUCCUUAUUUCGUUACUUUUAAUAAUAAAG